AUGGAUCCUGCAGGCCAGAGCCCCCCGGGGACCCUCCCCGGGGAGGAGAGCCCCGAGAUGGAUCUGUCCCACCGCUUCUCCAAGGAGGAGCUGGCCCUGCUCUACGAGGAAGUUCUCUACACCAUCCGGCACCGCCUGGGCAAGCCCGAGCAGCAGCACGUCGGGGACUCCCAGGAGCUCUACUCCUACGUGCAGAAGGCUUUUGGCAUGGACGCAGAGGAGCACGGAGUCAUCAUGCAGCAGGUCAUGGAGCUGGAGAGCCCCAUUUACUGCCUGAAAGCCACUGUGAAGGAAGCCAAGGGAAUUUUGGGUAAAGAUGUCAGUGGGCUCAGUGACCCAUACUGCCUGCUGGGCAUCGACACCAGGAGCCAGGAGCCAGCCCACCCCGACCACAAGAAGAGGAUGAAGGCUGUGGUCAAAGACCUCAUCCCUGAGGACCAAAUCCAUCGCACCCAAGUCAUAAACCAGACCCUCAGCCCAGUGUGGAACGAGACCUUCAUCCUGGAGUUCAAAGAUGUGGAGACAGCCAGCUUCCACCUGGACAUGUGGGACUCGGACGUGGUGGAGUCGAUGCGGCACAAGCUGGGGGAGCUCACGGACCUGCACGGCCUCAAGAGGAUCUUUAAAGAUGCUCGCAAAGACAAAGGGCAGGACGAUUUCCUGGGGAACGUGGUGGUUCGCCUGAAGGACCUGCACUGCUGGGAUGACCAGUGGUACCAGCUGGAGCCACGGACAGAGACCUAUCCCGAGCGGGGACACUGUCACCUGCAGUUCCUGCUGACACACAAGAAGAGGGCCACCACGAGCAGCCGGACACAGCCGAGCUACACCGUGCACCGCCACCUCCUGCAGCAGCUGGUGUCCCACGAGAUCCUGCAGCACCAGGCUGGCAGCACCUCCUGGGAUGGGGAGCUGAGCAGCCACGCCAGCACCGUGCUGUACCUGCACGCCACACAGAAGGACCUCUCUGACUUCCACCAGGACAUGGCGCAGUGGCUGGCCUACAGCAAACUCUACCAGAGCCUGGAGUUCAACAGCAGCUGCCUGCUCCACCAGAUCACCAGCAUCGAGUACCGCUGGGUGCAGGAGCGCCUGAGGCCAGAGCAGAAGGCAGAGCUGGCCGAGUCCUUCCAGUCCCUGCUGACCUACGGGGUCUCCCUCAUCCGUAGGUUCCGCAUCAUUUUCCCCCUCUCUGUCCCGAGGUCCACGGAGAGGCUCCAGUCCCUGCUGCGGGUCCUUGUCCAGAUGUGCAAAACCAAAGCUUUCCAUGAGCUGUGCACACCCAGCCCUGACCUCCCCCAGAUGGUCUCCACAGCUCUGAAGUCAGGCACCACGGAGUGGUUCCACAUGCAGAAGCAGCACCUCAAGCCCAUGGUGAAGAGCAUAGAGGAGAAUAGCAAAGCCUUGUCCAUGCUCCUCCUGGAGGUGAUAGAAGAUCUCAAGCAGUGCCAAAAGAUCUGGAAUAAAUUGUUCAGCACCAACCUGAAGUUGAAUAUCUUCUCCAUUGCCUACCUGGAGCUGGAGAGCCUGGUGGCAGAGCAUGUCCAGGAGCAGCUGCACAAGGUGGACAGCAGCAUGUCCAAACCCACGGCCGAGAGCCUCUUUGAUCUCUACAGGAAACUGCAGGAGCUCUAUCAGAUGAAGGACUCCCUCCCAAGCAGGGAUGGACCUCUGGCUCUGAGCAACUUCCACCAGUGGUUUGAGGAAGCGUUGCCCCUGUGGCUGCAGAAGGCCUACACCACCACGCUGGAGAGGGCCCAGAGAGCCAUCCAGAUGGACCAGCUGAAGCCUUACGGGUACCACAAGCACAGCACAUCCACUGUUGACCUGUCCACCUGCUACGCCCAGAUCGUGACAACCUGGCAGCAGCUCAACUGGCCAGACCCUGAGAAAGCCUUCAUGAUCAUGGUCAACCUCCUGGAGGACAUGUGCAAGAUCUCCCUGAUGUACUGCAAGCUCAUCAAGGAGAGGGCUGAGGCUCUGUCCCUGAGUGAGCAGAACGAGGGCGAGGCGGCCAACAAGCUCUGCAUCGUGGUGAACAACAUCGAGCAGCUGCGGCUGCAGAUGCUGAAGCUGCCAUCCCAGCUGGCCUGGGCCCAGCUGGAGCAGCGCACCAGGGGCAUCAUCGAGCCCCAGCAGAUCCAGAACGCUCUGCACAACCAGCUCGACAGCACCGUGGCCUGCCUGGACCACGAGGUCCGGGACGUGGUGCAAGCCCUGGCUACCAAGCUGGAAAAGGGCAUUGCCAGACACAUCCAGGAGCUUUCAUCUUCCAGUGACACCCAGAAGCCUGAGGAUUCCAUCAUCCCACUCAUGAAGUUCCUGGAGUCGGAGCUGCAGUACCUCAAUGAGCAUCUGGUCCAGGAGAACUUCAAAAGCCUCCUCACUCUCCUGUGGCACCACACCCUGUCCGUGCUCUCAGCAGCUCGGGGGCCGCAGGUGCCCUCGGUCCAGCACUGCCAGAGGCUGUUCUGUGCCCUGAAGAGCCUGGAGCGGUGCUUCCACGCCGAGGGCUGCGGGCUGCCACUGGAGACCCUCCACAGUGCAGCCUUCAGGACGCUGGAGGCUCACCUGGCUCUGUGCUCCACCAGCAGCCGCAAACUCAUCCAGAAAUACUUCAGCAACAGGAUCCAGCAGCAGCUGGACACGAGCUCAGAGAAGUACGGGGCCGUGACCAUCAAAGCUCUGUACCGGCCUUCGGAGCAGAAACUCCACGUGGAAGUGCUCAACGCCACCAACCUCAUCCCGCUGGACUCCAACGGCUCCAGCGACCCCUUCGUGCAGCUCACCCUGGAGCCCCGGCACGAGUUCCCCGAGGUGGUGGCUCGGACCACCCAGUGCAAGAGGAACGAGCUGCACCCGCUCUUCGACGAGGCCUUCGACUUCUUGAUCCCCCCUGAGAAGUGCCGGCAGGAAGGGGCCUGUCUGCUGCUGACCGUGUUUGACUACGACGUGCUGGGCUCCAACGACCUGGAGGGCGAAGCCUUCUUCCCCCUGUGCCGCCUGCCCGGCCUCGACAGCGAGGAGGACGAGGCUGACACGGGACGGGUGCCCCAGACCCGGCUGCCCCUCACGCACCCCAAGCCCUCGGAUGAGAUCCUGCAGCUGCUGGAGUCCAGGAAAAGGGACAAAGAAGCUCAGGCCUUCGUCAAGCUCCGCAAGCAACGAGCCAAGCAGUCCAAGGAGACAGAGUGAAGGAGGGGCAGGAAGAUGGCCCUGAAAGGGGAACUUUGGUGGUGUUGGAGCCAGAAGCAUCUGCAGGGAGU